AUGAUUUGUAGUCUACUUGCAGAGGCAGUGGUGCCUACGACCGAUAUUCCUGAACCACCUUCAAUCGCUUCAGAAAACUUUAUAAAUCAACCAACUGGAGUCUUCUUGAAGGCUUUCACUCAGGCUGCGAAUUCAAAAGAUGAAGCUACUACCAAUCGACUCUUUAAACUCUUUCCACUUUUAGGGUCCAAAGCUUCUGAGGCUGGUUUAUCAGCUUGCUCCGAUUUUGUGCGACCUCAGCUACAUAUCGGAACAUUAUUGUCAAUCGCUCACUUAGUUUUAACCAUCACGUUGUCCAAUCGAUCCCAGGCUUCUUAA